AUGAAGCCCUAUCCUUGGAACAAAGCGUGUCCAGAUGAAGAGCAAGAAUGGGAGGUUGACGUAGAUGUAGAAAGGGAACAACAGGUUCAGCGCUCCCUAAAGAUUAAGCCGAAGAAGCACAUAAUUCAUAGAGAUAUGAAGAAAUACAUAUCCACCGAAGGAAUUGCUGCAGGCUCUAUAGCCUUUCUGCUGGCCGUCCAAUCUCUUGACAGGACGAGAGCUGCCCGGCAUCUUAGGGUUCUACAAUUCCCGGGAAAGUUGCUUGUAACACGAGAUUUUGCGCAAACUGUCGUGCCUAUAGAUAUCUUGUCCCUUUCGGCCGAUGUCUUUCAAAGGCCGGUGCAAUGGGUCCUGACAACUCGCCAUCGGAGUAACUCUACCGAUCAAAAACCGACUGCCCGCCAAAUGGUCGUCAUCAGCCCUUACGAAGCGCAGGAAUUUUAUAACUCUAUCAAGAAAUCUAAGCAUGUGAUAUUGCACCUCUAUGCGCCCCGGUCCAAUGUAGGGAUCAAACCUUUGGGCAAGUUAGACCUCUACAAUGUCUCGGGUGAGCUAAGGAGAGCAGACCAAGACUAA